GUGCUGUAAAAAUAUGUGACAAUGUGCACCAGCUUCCAGCGUAUUAAGAUAUCUUGACGAUGAGCCACGAUUUCCCUUCAACGAGAAGCACGAAAUCGAAGAAGCGCAAGUGGUCGUUAUUUCCGCGGUCGCUCCGACGAAAUCAAAAUGUUGGACGCCUGGGAAACGAAAAAGCUGACCGAAAUCUACGAAGAGCUGUGUUCUCUCCCCCAGAGCCAAGCCUUUUUGCACCCCUUGGUGUGGAGGGGGGCAUCAGCAUCUUCCCCUGCAGGAGUUGUGCCUACGAAGAGCGAUGUUGAAGACAAUCAAAUUUCGAAGGAAGAGUCUGCCGUUGUCAACAAGCCGAAGGACUUUGUUGACUGCGACCUCGUGCUGAUCGGCGAGGACCUGCGGCACAACGAUCUGCAGAGUUCCCAGGAAUUUUGGGACGACCUGCAUCUCAUCUCCCACAAUGCCCACGUCUACGUAUCAAAAUGAAAAAUCCCCCCUCCCCAUAUCAAAGCGGAAAUUUGUGCUGCCGCUGCGGAUUUGUGACCACAAAUCAGCUUUGUAUUGCAGAGAGGCACUGCGGCUAGAUGAGAUCCCCAGGCUAGGUAGGGGCGUAUGCGUCUAGUAGUUCAGCAUGGCAAACGGCCCCCCUUUAGGCCCAACAGCAUGACAAAUCGCUUCCAUAAUGGGGCGGAAGCUUCUGCGCUUGUCUUCUUGCAAGACAGACGCGAUCUGUGACCUCAACUCCGCAGCGCAAAUUUUUGGAAACGCACCUUUUCAAUAUGGGGAGGGGGGAUUUUUCCUCUCAAUAGUACGUGGACCUGCACAUGAAGUCCGCCGCCACGUCGCCCCAGGAUCAUCCCGAGUUCCAACAACUCUUGCUUGCCGCCGCGGACUUUGAGGAGGCGGUUUCGCAUCUGGAAACCUCCUUCAAACACGCACUGGAGGGGCACAAAACGCUGGCCCUGAACCUCGGAAACAUGGACUUAUGAAAUGCAAAAGCAUCGUACGUAGUAUAAAUUGCAUAUACAAAUUGGCUCAGCAUUACAAAUUGAAUUUGUAAUGCGGAUUUGCCUUAGGAACUGGAUUUGUAAUCAUGCAUAAAUGCAACUAGUACCAGUACGACGAGUGCGAUACUUUUGCACUGCAUAGGACUCCUUUGUAGACGAAACCGCGGAGAAGUUUGCCGAGCUCCUGCAUUCCGGGUGGCACGACGGAAACAGUGCGCUGUUGAGCGGUGCAGCUUAUGGGCAGGAAAAAGCUUUCGGUUGGCCCUGCUGGCUGUGUUUAUCCUGAAUUUGAAGCAGCAGAUAUGGAAGAAAAUGGAGUGAUGAAAAGUGACGUGGAUGUGGAUCAUCGUUGGCUUACAACUGCAUACAACGAACAGCUGAUGCAUGUGUGUGUGAUGAUGUGUACGGACGUUGAGAUGAUUUUCAGUGCGUCUACCAAUUCGACCGUCGUGGAGAAAACAACAAAAAGGAAGAACGAGCGGCAAAUUAUUAUUUGUGAGUCGCUUGAUAAGUAGCCGAAACCGAAAGCCAUUUCUUCCCAUGAUGUUCUUUCCUCUUCCUCCGGCGGCGUCACUUCCUUUUUCGCGUCUCUCUUGACUGGAGGCACCGCAGGGACGAGUACAGAUCUCGGCAGCGGUGGUGGCACCAGUGAAGCUCACUUGCAAGAAAUAGCCCCCCCUGCUUCUGCUACACAGACCUCAGCGGAUGCGGCAACGUUGAGAAAUGCCGCGGACAGAAAUACUUCGUCGGUGUUUUCGCCCUCAGCUCGGUCGCCUUCGAUUCUGAAACAGAAUUUAUACCCGUCUACCCCCGAGCUUCCCUCCGGGCGGCAGCCGCGGAUUUUCGACAAUCCGCGGGAAUAUCUAAAGCACGCACCGUCGCUGCACUCCCUUAUCCCAUGGGCACUUUUAGUACUCAUGAAACUGAGACUAUUCUUUUCAUGGCCCGCCUAGUGCUGUUGGCUGCCGCGACUCAUCUUGUUGGACUUUGUCGUGUGGGUCCUGAUGUGACAGUGCUGACACUGGGAAAUAAAGAAGGACUUUUUACAAAGUAUGAUCUCGAGCAGCAAUAGGUACAAGACUUUUUGUCUCAUGGGAUAAUCUUUUCGGACCAGUUUGUACAGCGCGGACUGGAAUUGCAUUCCCUGAAUGAUGUGAGGAACUUUCUGAUCCAGGUACGAGAUACAAAUUUACCGUACACUCAUUACUAAAAAAUACGUGUACAACAACAAAUUUCGGCAACCGAGUAGUCGUGAUGCGGAACACGGCAGAAAAGGAGUCCUGGCAUCCGAGGAUGCCUUGUUUCUUGCAUUUUUUUUUGUACGUGUGCGGUAAGUUGUUUUCUGUGCAUACUAGGAGGUCAGAGACUACUAUGAAGACGAAAAAGAUUGGACAGAAGUUGAC